UUAUAAAUGCGUUACACCCCCCACCGCAUUCAUCUCCCUCUCGAAACCCGGCAUCAGAAAAAAAGAAAGAAAGCAAACAGAGAAAAUGUGUGGCGGUGCUAUAAUUUCUGAUUUUGCCCCUAACGUCACCAAGGCUAAGGGUAGGAAACUCACGGCGGAGGAACUCUGGUCAGAGCUCGAUGUUUCCGCCGCCGACGAUUUCUGGGGUUUCCAUUCCACAUCCAAGACUCAAUCCACCAACCAACAAGUGACGUUGAAAGAGGAGGCGGCGGAGAAGGAGAAGGGAAAGGAGCCGGUGACGGAGAAACGGAGGAAGAGGAAGAACGUUUACAGAGGGAUACGUAAGCGACCGUGGGGGAAAUGGGCGUCAGAGAUUCGAGAUCCAAGAAAAGGCGCCAGAGUCUGGCUUGGGACGUUCAACACGGCGGAGGAAGCUGCCAUGGCUUAUGACGUUGCGGCGAAGCGGAUCCGCGGCGAUAAAGCCAAACUCAACUUCCCAGAUCUUCUCCACCAUCCUCCUCGUAGUCCUGCGACUCCUCUAGCAUCGUCUCCAGUUUCAGAAGUUCAGCCUCCGGCGAAGAAGCACUGCGUUGUCUCUCAGAGCGAGUUGACUCAGCCGAGUUUCCCGGUGGAGUACAGUGGAGUGGGGAGCGGGGACGAGUUUCAACUGGACUACGAUCUGAAACAGCAGAUAUCGAGCUUGGAGUCAUUCCUUGAGCUGGAUGGUGACUCGGUGGAGCAACCGAGUCAGCUCGACGAGUCCGUCUCCGAGGUGGAUAUGUGGAUGAUUGAUGAUGUCAUCGCGUCGUAUCAGUAAUAAACGUAAUAUAAGUAGAAAUAUUAAAUAAAGUUUGUAAUAUAACUGCCGUUACGUUCUAAGGUUUGUAAUGUGAUGACAUGAGCGACUGAUGUUAUUAUAUGUUGUCGUUUGUAAUGUGUGGCGCCUUCUUGUGACUCAUUUGGAGCGUUACAUCUACGGUUUAUGGUAUUGUUUAUUCUCUU